UUUUGGGUGAGGGCGGGAAGGCACAGCGUGAAGCCAGGGUGGCGUCACAAUGGGCACGACUGCGUGGAAAGAGAACUCGAGAUGCCGCGCUGCCGCCAUUUUUCCUAAGUUCUGAUUAUGUACUCUCUGCCCUCCUCAGUUGUGAUCCAUUCUAAUGGGCCCUCAAAGGGCCAGUUCUGCCCCCUUGUGCCCUGAGGCCCGCCCUGCGACCCCUAGGCCCGGGGUGGGGACGAUCGUGAGCGUGAGUUGCUGCGCGUGACCAGACCCGAUAGGAGAGGCGAGUGUCCUGAGGCCGGCGCUGGUGGUUCCCAUGGCACCACCUUUGGCUCCGCUCCCUGCACGGGCUUCGAACCACUUAGGGCCCAAGUGCGGGGAGCCCUGGGCUGUAACCUUCGCCGAUGUGGCCGUGUACUUCUCCUCGGAGGAGUGGGGGUGUUUGCGCCCCGCGCAGAGAGCGCUGUACCGGGACGUGAUGCGCGAUACCUACAGCCUCCUGAGCGCGCUCGGAGGCGGAGGCACCAAGCCAGCGCUGAUCUCUUGGGUGGAGGAAGAGGCUGACCUGUGGGAUCCAGAUGCCCAGGAUCCAGAGGUGGCCAAGUGGCCGACAGAAGCAGACACAGAUUCUAGAAAUAAGGAAGAGAAAAAAGAAAAGAAGGUGACUGAAGUACUGGAGAAGACAUUUUCUAUGGACUCCCGGUCUCUUAGACUGAAGGCCCCCCAGUUCUCCUCUGCUGGCCUCCCUUAUAGCUUGAAGCAACCCUCCAAGGCACAUCAUCGGGGUCGCCCUCCACUCCGUGCCCACCCUUCUGUCCCACGAGCAGACCAGCGUCAUGGCUGCUAUAUGUGUGGAAAGAGUUUUGCCUGGCGCUCCACACUAGUGGAGCAUCUCUACACGCACACAGGCGAGAAGCCUUUCCAGUGUCCUGAUUGUGGCAAGGGCUUGGGCCGGGCUUCAUCCCUGAGCAAACACCGAGCCAUCCACCGAGGGGAACGGCCCCACUGCUGCCCUGAUUGUGGUCGGGCCUUUACACAGCGCUCAGCUCUUACCACUCACCUUCGGGUCCACACUGGUGAAAAGCCCUACCGCUGUGUGGACUGUGGCCGUUGCUUCCGCCAGAGCUCUGCUCUCCACCAGCACCAGCGGGUACACAGUGGCAAGACCCCUUUCCCCUGCACAGACUGUGGUCGUGCCUUUGCCCAUUCCUCAGACUUGAGGCGCCAUGUCCGCAUCCACACAGGCGAGAAACCCUAUUUCUGCCCAGAUUGUGGGCGCUGCUUCCGACAGAGCUCGGAAGUGGUAGUCCACAGGCGUACCCACAGCGGCGAGCGCCCCUACCCCUGUCCUCAGUGUGGCAGGUGCUUCAGCCAGAAGUCAGCCAUGGCCAAGCACCAGUGGGUCCAUCGGCCAAGAAUCGGGGGCCACAGGGGCAGGAGAGGCAGCGAGUUGCCUAUGUUCCUGACCCCUGGCCCUGGAGACCUAGACCCACCUGUGGGCUUCCAGCACUACCCAGAGAUUUUUCAGGAGUGUGGGGGACAACCUCAAAAGUGACAAGGCAAGGGUGAAAGUCUAGACAUUGUCUAAGGCCCCCAAAUGAACUCAGGACAAGCCUCUGUGGCAGCCUUGAGGGUCACAGAAGAUCUACAAGCCCUGCACUGGGGCUAGUCUCAUUGGCCCUUCAUCAGCUUCAUCUGCUGAUACUUUGUUCCCCAUAGCCCUAAACUAGCCUAUAGAAGGGCUCCCUCUUACAAGGCAGGGCUGAGGUAAGAACUUGCACUAGACUUUGUUGGAAACUUUGUUGAGUGAGUUUUUUUUUUUUUUUUUAAGUACCGGGGAUUGAACUCAUGACCUCAUGCUUGCCAGACAGGCGCUUAUGCCGCUGAGCUAAAUCCCCAACCCCUAAGUAUCUUUAAAUUUAUUAUUAUUUUGGUGCUGGGGAUAAAACCUAGACUUAGAUUUGCUAAGAAAGUGUUACCACUGAGCUGUAUCCCUAGCCCCACCUGUGCUCUCCCUUUUUGGAGGUACUAAAGAAAAGAGUCAACUCAGAUUCUGUACGCUAUUUUGCUAAAUUGCUAAUUGCUAAAUUGGACUUGAACUUGUGCAUCUUUUUUUUUUUUUUUUUUUUUUUUUUGUCUUUUUCCUUUUUAUCAGUACCGGGGAUUGAACUCACAACUACCUGCUUGCAAGGCAGGCGCUUAACCACUGAGCUAAAUCCCCAACCCCAAACUUGUGCAUCUUUUGCCUCAGCCUCCCAGUGCAGGGAUGACAAGCAUGUACCACCCAGAACAUGCUGGGAUUACAGACCCAGUCACCCAGCACUUCAGAAAUUUAUUUUGAAAUCCAGGUGUGACACACAUUUGUAAUCCCAGCACUUGGGAGUCAGACAAAAGGACUACCAUGAAUUUGAGGCCAGCCUAGACUACAUAAUAAGACCUCAAAACAAACAAACAAUAUAUAUAUAUAAUUUAUUUUGAGAUGGAGUCUUAAAUUAUGUUACUCAGAGAUUAUAGGCAUCUGCUACAGUGGCUGGCUUUGAUCCAUUGUCUCUUUAAUCCAGAAGUAAAAACUGGUGGCCUGGUCCUGAAUUGGCCCUGCAGGUACUUUACUUUGAUGCGAGCAGUAUUUUCAAAUGUUAUAAAUUAAUGGUCAAGAUUGAAAAAUCAGCAACAGGUGUGGUGCUUACUUAAAGUGCAUUUGGGAGACUGAGGCAGGUAAAUCACAAGUUUGAGGCCAGCCUGAACACAGUGAGUUCAAGGCCAGCAUGUCUUAAAAACAUUUAACAUUCAGUUUACUGAACACAAAAACCCAGGACUUUGGCUUGAAAAAUACAAAGAUUUGGCAACUUGACCUAAGUUUCCAUAAAGUCACAAUUUGGGGGAGCUGAGCACCAGUUGAGUUCGCAAGCCAUUGUCUGUAGUACUUUAAUUUCCUGAAUCAGAGAUGGUGUGUAUGUGAGAUAAGAUGACAGGAAGGAAGUAAAGGGAAGCAUUUUUCACA